UGAUGGAUUUUUAGCAGAUACUGUUAGAUUAUCAUGUUCAGCUUGCAGUAGUUAUUUAGUUUGGGUAACUGGAGGAAAGAAUAAACAUUUAAAAAGGAAUUAAAAUUUUAGUGCAAGAACAAUUUGUUGGAACAAUCUCUGAAGGGAAAUCUUUUGGGAUUCAGAUGGUGCACUACUAACAUACGAACAGAUGGUUAAAUGGAUAAUUCAUUAAUUUGUGAUUCAUCAUAGACU